AAGGCCACCCUCUGGGUCCACGAUCCAGUUGCUGGAAGGCGGGGUCACGCCGGCGGAAGGGCGCGUCCGAAGCGUCGACGGGUGGAAAUGGAGGAGGGAAGGAGGCCUGGGAGCGCGCGAGGCCUCACGUGCGCGCUCCCGCCCCCCAGCCCGCGGUCCAGCCCACGCGCCCACGCACCCAUGCGCCCACGCGCCCGCCCGCACUCCCGGGAAGUCUCGCGAUGCUUUAGCCGACUGCUCCCGCUGCGGGUGGCUUAGGCUUGUUGCUGUGGUUGCCUGAGUUGCUGCUGCUACGGCGGCGGCGGCGGCGGCGGCAGAGGUGUCGGCCUUUGGGCGGAUGUUGACAUUGUGCUGUUAUUGCUGACGGUAAUGGCGGUGGCGGCGGUGAUAGCGGGAGCAGCAUCUCCUCUGUAGCCAGAGCCGAGACAGCCAAGAGGGGACUCUGCGGCCUCCGAGCCCACGGCAGCGUCUCCGCUCAGCCUGCGCCGCCGCUCCAGUCCGUAUCCCGGCCCCAGGCCCUGGAGUCAGGUCCCAGUGGGCAGGGGGCCUCGGAGGCUCAGGAUGGCGGAUUUCGACGAGAUCUAUGAGGAAGAGGAGGACGAGGAGCGGGCCCUGGAAGAGCAGCUGCUCAAGUACUCGCCGGACCCGGUGGUGGUCCGCGGUUCCGGUCACGUCACCGUAUUUGGACUGAGCAACAAAUUUGAAUCAGAAUUCCCUUCUUCAUUAACUGGAAAAGUAGCUCCUGAAGAGUUUAAAGCCAGCAUCAACAGAGUUAACAGUUGUCUUAAGAAGAACCUUCCCGUUAAUGUACGUUGGCUGCUUUGCGGCUGCCUUUGUUGCUGCUGCACGUUAGGUUGCAGUAUGUGGCCAGUUAUUUGCCUCAGUAAAAGAACACGAAGAUCGAUUGAGAAGUUAUUAGAAUGGGAAAACAAUAGGUUAUACCACAAGCUGUGCCUGCACUGGAGACUGAGCAAAAGGAAAUGUGAAACGAAUAACAUGAUGGAAUAUCAAAGGUGUCAAGAGCUUAAUCUCCUGAGUGCAAGAAUUUUCUACGGUUCACAGUUGCAUGGUUUCAUAUGCAAGACUGAUUUAUAAAGUUAUGAAUGACUUGAAAACAAGGCUUCACUGUGUUCUGAAAAAUAAUAAAUUAAUUGCCAAGAUAAAAUAGGCUGAACAUGUGUUGAUGGAGUGUGAAAUUUUAGAUGCUGUAUAAAGAAUAACCACAACUUUGGUUACGCAGCAAGUCAGAUAUGGCUUUUUUAUAUAAUGCUAAUCAAGUUUCCAAGUAUGGAAGAAAACCUUUGAGCCAAGCCAUUGGAGCUUAAGAAACCUUUAGCCUUUAUAGAUUUUAACUGCCCGUACCUCAGAGGUCUUUAAAGAAUCUUUCAGUGUAUAAUUAGAUUUUUUUUGUAAAAAUUAUCUUAAAAGUAAGAAGAUGAGACAUGUCUCAUCCUGUGUUUAUCCUUUAAAAGAUAUCUAACCUAUAUUCAGUGAAUUUUAGAACUUAUGUUCAGUAUGAGAUUUAAUUUAUUGACUCCUUGAUUUACUUUAACAACAUUUCUUUUGAGAAGUUCAGAAAACUAUAGAAAAUUAUUGUUUUUGUUUAUUUUUCCUUGAGUUUGGAUGUUUGAAAUGUGGAAAGGUUAUUAUAUUAAAAGAAGAAGAUCUAAAGAAAGAGUUAAUUAUUGAAAAUUAAAGUCAGCCUUUGUGAGGUACCUGGCACAUUAUUUCUGACAAAUUUUGUCUAUUCUUUGAAACAGUAAAGCCAUCACAGAUUGUGUAUGUAUGUAUGUGUAUAAAUUGAUUAAAACAGUGCUUAAAUAGUUGGAAAUUACCAUAAAAUCAUCUUUCUCUGUAGCAUUUUUCCUUUCAUUAUCAUACAGAUUUAAUUUCUAGCCUAGAACAUAAAAACAUCUUAAAAAUGUCUUUUUUCAUAGAAUAGCUCUUUUCAGUGAACUAAAUAAUGUAGAUUUAUCAUUAUCUACUAUAUUAAACAUGAUAAUUUAUAAUGAUAAGAAAAACACUUGAUGCUUCAUUAUAAUAAAAAAGCACAUUCAGAUAACUUGUUUUGAGAUUGACCUGUGAAAAUGCUAGUCUUUCGAUGGUAAGAGUUAGUAUUUUGUGGGAAGAAUGGAUAAGUAGGAGUUUUAAAGGAUUUUGUGAAAAAAUAUUUAUUAUACUUAUGAACCCAAACACUAAGCUUAAAACUGAAGCUUUCAUUGGUAUAUUUUUUGCAUAUUUCUAAUUUACUUUGGAAAGGAAAACUUAAAAAUUAUUCCCAGAAAAAAAUAUAUAAAUGUCAUUCAUUCAUAAAAUAUACUCAUUGUAUUCAUGCUUAUUUUUGUGCCAUUCUUUUAUUAACUAAAAAUAAUUUACUAACCUUCAAAACAUUCUGACUGAUAUACUUUGUGAAAUAGUUUUCUUUAUCAUGAAUUGUUAGAUAAACACUUCCCCUAAAGUCAUUAUGUUAUUUCUCACUCCUUCAUAAGAUAUCCAGAAUAGUAGUAAAAAUAAAAAGUAGUGUGUAAGAAUUGCUUAAAAAGUGUAUUUUUUCUGAGUUUUCUCGGAGUAUGUAUAUUUGUGAUAGUUGAAUGGAGGAAUAACAUAAUUUCUAAAUGUCCCUAAAAAAUAAUUUUUAAAAUUAAGAUGGCAAAUAAUCUAGUAAGAAGGGAGUGUGCUUCCUCACCUAAUGAAUUUUAGGGCCUUUUACUGAGUGUUUCUCUUUGGCCUCAACUUUCUUUUAACUUAACAGAAAUUUCAUUUUUUAUGGGAAAAUAAUUAUCCUUGAUUGUAUUUUGAACAUUGGAGACAAUCUAGAAAAACCAGCUUGAUACCAACUUUUCUUUCAUUCAUAUGUGGUAGAGCAGUAUGAUUUAGAAGAAAUGAGAGUGGGAAAUUUUUGUGUGUGACUUCUGAAGGAAGAGUUCAUAUGAUAUGUUCUUUAAAAGUAGUACAAAUUCAAACAUAGUCAAAGAUAGUCUUUACUUUGCAUUAUGUAGUAUAUACUAUAGAAUGUAAUGCCUAUACCCAAGAACUGAAAUCUCACAUACUGCUUGAUUGAGGACAUGUUUGAAAUACAGAAGUAUUCAUUGAAUAUUGAUUUAUAAGUAGUUUAGACAUUUAAUUACUGAAUUUUAGAGCUUCAAAGAAUCUAUCUACUUCAGUCCAAUUAUUUUGUAGAUGAGGAAACUGAGAAAUGGAGGGAUCUAGCUCAAAUAAAAUAGCUAGACAGAAAGCUCGUGAACAUUUUGUGGACAAGUAAGUCAGAAUAGUGGUAAACGUGGUACCUAAGACUUAUGCAGGAUAACUAAACUAGGAAAGCAAUGUUUGGGGACAAGGUAUAGAAGUACCUUCUUGACUGAGGCAGAUCAACAGCCAGGAGAAGCAAAGAGCAAAAAUGAAGGUUUCUGCCCCUGAUGGCUAAAUGUAAAAGAGUGUCCAAACCGGGAGGUUAUAUCAAGGCAUAGUUUCUGAAAUAAAUGAGGAGUUCAUCGAAUUUGGAAGCAGUUCAAAUAAAAAAUUUUUUGUUUAGCAUCUGUUUCAUACAGAGUUGGAACAAGGGAAAGAACUGAUUGUAAUUUAAGACAGUUCAAGUUUGAAAUAAAAAUUAACUUUGCUCAACUUGUGUCUUUCUGUAUUGCUCUGUUUUGUUUUUGUCAGUUUUUCUUUAGUUUCCUAGUAAAAGGUCCUUUGGAACAAAUUUUAACUUUUACUUUUGCUAAUCGAAGAAGAAAAGGACCCUUUAGAAAAAUAUGAGUUAAAGGACCGAUACCUUUUUACUAGAGAUCACAUAUCCUGGUACAGUAAAAUGAGAGCAACUCCAGAACUUAAAGACCUAUGGAAUUGGUUUACAUAAAAGGGAGGAAGUCUGAAGAAAUAAAGAUUGGGUAAGUUGCAGUCCGAUAUAGUGCAGUAGAAAGGUCAAGGCUUUAAAGUGAAGAUAAUUCUCUCUUCAGACACUGAGUCCACAAUCCAUGGUGUUAACAUUCCUUGCAUCAUCAGUUUCCUCAUCUGUAAAAUGAGGACGAUAAUACAUGCCUCAUGAAAAGUUGUUGGGAUUAAAUAGAUCCAUAUAGUAUGAAGCACUUCAUAUGUAGUUAGUACUCAGUAAAUGCUAGCUUUUCUUAUUCAUUAAUGCAUGCAUUCUACUUCUGUGGGUCCGAGGCACUCUCAAAAUUGAUUUAAGUAGUGGAAUAUAUCUACACAAUAUUCUUUUUUUUUCUGUGUACAUAUUCUUUUUUUUUUUUUUUGAGAGGGCUUCUCUCAUAUUUAUUGAUCAAAUGGUUGUUAACAACAAUAAAAUUCUGUAUAGGGGACUCAAUGCUCAAUGUAC